AUUUAUUUGUGUACCUACCAGCUUGAGGUUACACCCCCUGGCUUUAGAUAUAACCUCUCAUAGUACAUUUACAACUAAUACUACUAUAAGUUUCAUAAAGCCAAUCGAAAUAGCUGUAAAAAAAAAAAAAAGAUUACUUUAUAUUGAUCAUUCUGUAUCUAUUGUUUGUGGGACAGUUACUACUGCUGGACUCGCUGGACUGUCAGACUACAGUAUCAACAUAUUGGAGUUUCAUUUUAGGGGAAACCAGUGCAUUUUCUGCCAAGUCCUCUCUGCCAGUGGUGCGGGACCUGAUCGAUCACUUUGACACUUCUAUUACCAUCUAUCACUUUUACCUCUGCCUCAAGUUGUUAUUCAUUUAGAGGAGUCGCUGUCACACACCAUGCCAGCGAACCAGGCCUUUGUCACCCUGGCCACCACAGACAGCUACUGUAUGGGGGCGCUGGUGGUAGGACAGUGUUUACGACGACACAGGACCACACGCCAGACUGUUGUGAUGGUCUCCACUAAUGUCUCUAGCCAGGCACGGGCUGCCCUGGGCCAUGUGUUUGACCAGGUCCUGGUAGUGGACGUGCUGGACAGUGGAGACCAAGCACAUCUAUCCUGGCUGGGACGACCAGAACUGGGGGUCACUUUCACCAAGCUCCACUGUUGGACCCUCACCCAAUACAGCAAAUGUGUGUUCCUGGACGCAGACACACUCGUGCUGUGUAACGUGGACGAGCUGUUUGAGCGUGAGGAGCUGUCUGCGGCCCCUGACCCUGGCUGGCCGGACUGUUUUAACUCAGGGGUGUUUGUGUUCAGGCCCUCUCUGAUCACCCACGGCAGGCUCUUGGAGCAUGCACGACAACACGGCAGCUUCGACGGUGGGGACCAGGGCCUCUUGAACACAUUUUUCAGCGACUGGGCUGUUAGAGAUAUCAGUAAACACCUGCCUUUUGUGUACAACCUCAGUACCAUCGCAGUCUACACCUAUUUGCCUGCUUAUCAAGAAUAUGGUCACAAUGCUAAGAUUGUCCACUUCCUGGGUUCGGUCAAGCCAUGGAAUCUACGUUCUAACUCACAGACCAAUCAGCACACCAACAGCCACCUGGAAGAGUUUGUUUACCAGUGGUGGAUGGAGUACUCCUACUUACAUCACCUAUUAAAGACAAUGUCCCAUCAAGAACCUGCUGUGCCAAUCCAACAUGCUGGGCCAAUCCAACAUAGCCAGGGAAGAGAAGAAGAUAAGCCAAAGGGGAGAGAAGAAGAGAAGCCAAAGGCGAGAGAAGAAGAGAAGCCAAAGGCGAGAAAAGAAGAGAAGCCAAAGGCGAGAGAAGAAGAGAAGCCAAAGGCAAGAGAAGAAGAGAAGCCAAAGGGGAGAGAAGAAGAUGAGCCAAAGGGGAGAGAAGAAGAUGAGCCAAAGGCAAGAGAAGAAGAGAAGCCAAAGGGGAGAGAAGAAGAUGAGCCAAAGGGGAGAGAAGAUGAGUCAAAGGCAAGAGAAGAAGAUGAGCCAAAGGCAAGAGAAGAAGAUGAGCCAAAGGCAAGAGAAGAAGAUGAGCCAAAGGGGAGAGAAGCAACAGUGUCGUUGAUAGAGGACCUCACAGAAUCAUUACUCCGAAAAGUCAAUCUGCUCACAGAGGAGAGGAAGAAGAGGCUUGAUUCACCCACGCAGCCAGGAGAAAUGCGUACCCAACGUCAGGAUGUAAUCACGGGGAAGGAGGGAGGAGCUGGAGACAGAACAGCCAACCAGGACCCACCUGGACCCAGUGAGGAAGGGUCAGAGGUCACUGAAACAGCCUUCAACCCCAUGGAGGACCCUGCCACUGAACCUACUGCUGCCAAGACAGAGGAGGAUGAGCUGGAGCAGCGCAGGCUGUGGGAGGAGGGCCAGGCUGACUACCUGGGCAAAGACGCCUUCGACAACAUCCAGGAAAAACUGGACCGAUUCUUACAUUUGUAGCUUGUUUUGUGUGGCAAGAUACUGUAUAUUCAUGUUCAUGUUUAAGGGUGUUAUGUCUCUAGUGUAGGCCACCACUCUAAUAGGGGUUUCUGUGUCCCUUUGCUGUAAAAUAUAUAUAUAUAUAAACUUGAUCUCAAUUUCAUAAAAAAAUGUGGUCAUAGAAUUCAAGUUCAGAUGCAUUCCUUAUUUUGAUGUUAUGCUGGAAAUUUCUGGAAGAUUUUAAAUUGUCUUUAUGUUGCCACUAGAGGGUACUGUGGCUUUUUAAAUAAAGCACUUUUCCUGGUCAAA